AUGGCCGAGAAGUAUCAUAAUCCAAAAUAUGACGAUGAGUUCAUGAUGGGCAUUGAUCCCAACACUGCUUCCUUCCCCUUGGCGAUGCCGGAUGGAGACCGAUACUACGAAUACAAGCGUGAGCUUUUGACAGAGAGGGCAUUGUACAUGAGUCUAUUGAGGAACGGCAGAUGUGACGAGAAUACAAUCGGCAUCUCAAGGGCUACAUAUGCCUACAUGUGGUAUCAAUGGGCGAAGACAGGUAGUCUCCUUUCUUUUACCCCGGACGAGGCAAUCGACGAAAGGUCGAUGAAAGGGGUAUACGAAUGGCGGAGAAGAAACCGCGAAAUGGCCAAGGUGUUGUUUCAUCAGAGUGCCUCCGACGAGGUCAAAAGAAAAUGGCAGGAUAAAAAGGAUGCCACGGACAAGCUACUUCAAUACUUCAACGCAGGAACUCCCGAGGGUUUGAAAAAGGUACAAGAAAUUAUCCGGGGUGUCGAUGGCACAAACUACAUGCCCUCUCCAAAUGCUAUUACUGGUCAGGUGUUUAAAUGUUUGGCUCAGAACUAUGAGUCUUUGACUGCCAUAGAGCCGUUUGACAAGGCUUUCGAGAAGCAGAACGAUUCUUUGAGAGUCAAGAAGUAUUUCGAUGACAACCAGACCUAUAUGAUCAUGCGGACGCAUCAGUUCUUCCUAGCGGACCAGCCGAGUCCUUAUGCGGACUUGAUCAAGGAUGGAAUGGAAUUUGUGGUUUCUAUGAUUCCAUAUCUUGGAAAUGCCGUUGCUGUUGGUGAAAUCAGCUCAGGGCGAGAAUUGUUUGGUAGAUCGCUUAGCAAUAGGGAGCGCCUGGUGAUGUUGGCUUUCCUCAUCCUUCCAUUCAUAGGCAAGCUUGCCAAGUUUGGCAAAUCCUUGUAUUCUACAUCUCGACUGAUGUUACUCUAUGGAGGAGAAGCUCGCAUCUGGGAGAGUGCGAUGCAACGAAGCAUAAAAGCUAGCGCCAAUAUCACUGACCUUGCCAAGGUGGCAUCCAUCGAGAAAGAAGUCUUCCAGGCUUCGAAGUUACCAGGUGCGAGAUCCGAGACCCUCAUCAAGCUACAAAUAGACGCAGCAGACGGCUUUAUAGAAAUUAUGAGAAGUAAACUGGUACCUAGGGCGAUGAAUCCUCUCAUGCGGAACUUUUGGAGCACCUUGCAGGCGAAAUACCCAGCCAUCAUGGGAAAACUGGACGAGUUCGCAAUUGAAAGGCUUGGAAAUAUAGUACUUGGAUCUAAAUACCCAGUAGGCGAGAUCAAGGGAAAGCUACUUGAAGAGCUAAUCGAGUCAAGAAUCGUCCCGUGGCUGAACAGGGUAGGCGGGACCUUUGCUCUUGGUGUGGCUUGGGCGGGUCAGAAAUUGAAAUUUGCCCCUGGUCAUCUUGUCACCGAUUUACUCGCCGGCGCGAAACAGACUUUCACUGACGGCAUUCUGUUUUAUGAAGAAAAUUUUCUUGUCCACAUCGUCGCGGUGUUUGAAGCAAAGUCAGGAAGGUUUUUUUCAGGGAGGCUUGCUCAAAAUGAAAUUAAGCCGGUGAGGGCCUUUGAAGAGCUGGAAAAGUUUCAGCAGCAGAGGCUGCUGAAGGCAGCAAAGAGCGAGCUCGGAGCAGCUGCCUUCGCAAAACGGAACAAAGCAGCAGCAAUUGGCGAACAGAUACUUGCAGGCAACCUCGAAGCCACCCAGGCUGAGAUCCGCGCAUAUGCCAUCAAGACAUACGAAGAUGUCGCAGCUGACGCCUCCGGCCAGAUUGAGCGCGACCUCCGCCGACUCACAACGCCCAAGAGAGGUGCAGACUAUGUUGAACUCUGGAUCCAGGGUAAAAGUUGUCGAGUUGCCCCGAUAACGAAAGAAACCACGAAGUUUUUCGCCAUUCUUCCCGACGAUGUAGCCGCCAUCUCCGAGGAUGUUCUCAGUGUAUUGAAGAAGAAAGGGUUCUUUAUUGAAGGUAUCGGGGCAGGAAUCGUACAAAGCGAACUGGAGACCAUUGCGAAGGAGAUACAUGAGACGGUACAGGCUAAUCCAGAGCUGAUUGAUCAGUAG